CAGAAUAGAGUUAAAACAAAAAUGCAAAAUCUAAGCUUCAUUUCUCCACCACAAUCUCCUUCACACUGCGCUUCUCAGUCUCACAACCACAUACUAUAAGCCCUCAACAAAUCCUUCCCUUUGAUGGAUUUCGCCUCCACAUUUUCACCCCCCAAUUCCAAUUCCCCCAUCUCAUGGUGCUUCUCUUUCACCCCCCUCUUUUCUCACUUUCACUACCCCCAAAACGAGCUUUUUGGGGACCCAAACCUCCGCUCCGAUGCUCUGCCUCCUCCACAGAUGUGAGGGUGCAAUCCGCCAACAACGGUGCCGCCAUCCUUUGGUACAAGCACGACCUUCGCAUCGAAGACCACCCUGGCCUCAUCGCCGCAUCCAAGCAUCCAGCUGUUGUUCCACUUUACGUAUUUGAUCCCCGUAUUCUCUCACGAUUUUCUGAUGAAAUGCUAGAGCUUCUCCUCUUUGCUUUGGAGGACUUAAGGAGGUUGCUAAAGGAUAGAGGGUCCAAUCUGAUGAUCAGGUUUGGAACCGCAGAAGAUGUCAUAAGAAAAAUGGUCAAUGAGGUCCAGGCUAGCGGUAUUUUUGUAGAAGAAGAGGUGGAGUAUGAGCUACGUGUAAUGGUAGAAAAUGUGAAGGAAUCAGUAUGUACUUUAUCUAUCAAGGGAGGUAAUCCUAAGAUUGUGAUGUGGAGAACUCCAUUUUACGAUGUUCAGAGUUCAAACAACCUGCCAUCAUCGUUUCAUGACUUCCAAAAGCAUAGGAUAUCUGUUUUACCUGGUCUUGAGCCCCCAAUUUUACCUGCUACUUUGACAGAUUUGUCCUGGGGUAUUUUUCCCACCAUGAUCGAUCUGAAAGAAUACCAAUCAAAAAAUGAAUGGACUUCAAUCAAAAAAUUAUCUGCUGAAAAUAUGCUGCAAAGAAAGAAGCAAAGAGGAAAAGUUGACUUGAAGUCAGCAGAUAGGGAAGAAAAUGAUGAGAAUCAAUCUGUUAGUGAGACUAUCCAAAGAAAGAAACCAGAAAGAUCGGCAUUUGUAACAAGCCAAGGGAACUUUGCUGGAGGUGGUUCUGAUCUUGUAUUGAAUGCUUUGGCCGCAUAUUUGAGAUACCUGGAAGGAACUUCCCGAGAUGAUUAUCAGGAGGUACAUGCAAAGUUACGUUUAGCUGAAAAACGUGAAGGAGCUUCAUUUCAAGCCCUUUUUGGUUCUUCCCUUCUUCUUGGAACUGUUUCCAGAAGAAGAGUGUAUUUUGAAGCUAUCAAGUAUGAGAAAGAACGAAAUGGUGGAUUUUUGUCACCAUUUGGUUACUCCACAGCUACAGCGGCUGCAGCAAUAAAUACUGUGUCUUCCACCGAGUGGUAUUGGCUUUUGACUCUGAAAGGCUACAAAAAUGAUGCAGACAUUUUCCCAAUUCGGAUAUGGAGAUGGAAUAACUAUCUAAUCCAAUAUACAGUUGCUGGUUGUGAAGGUCCGGCUGUUCUUCUUGUUCAUGGUUUUGGUGCUUUUAUGGAGCAUUACAGGGAUAAUUUGUAUCCCAUAGCUGAAGAUGGAAACAGGGUUUGGGCAAUCACACUACUGGGCUUUGGUAAAUCAGAAAAACCGAACAUCAUUUACACUGAACUCAUGUGGGCUGAACUGCUUCGGGACUUCAUAAUUGAGGUUGUUAGAGAGCCAGUGCAUCUUGUUGGGAAUUCAAUUGGUGGAUAUGCUGUUUCUGUAGUUGCUGGUCUUUGGCCUUUGUUAGCCAAGUCUGUUGUCCUUAUGAAUACUGCUGGGAGUAUUAUCCCUGGGUAUCUCCCUUUGGGUUAUUCAUCUGAUAGGCGAACUUCAGGAGCAGCGUGGUUGGGUGCUAGGCUCCUUUUGUUGUACUUGAGGUUUAACAUCAAGAACAUACUACGAAGCUUCUAUCCAACAGAAGCGAGAAGGGCUGAUGAUUGGCUUAUAAAUGAGAUGACUAGAGCUUCACACGACCCCGGUGUGAUAUAUGUCCUAGAAAGCAUCUUCAGCUUCGAUCUUUCACUUCCUCUGAAUUAUCUAUUGGAGGGAUUCGAGAAUAGGACACUUAUAGUACAGGGAAUGAAGGAUCCACUAUCUGAUUCGAGGUCGAUGUUAGCCAUGGUUAGGGAACACUGCAGAGGGGUUGCCAUUAAAGAAAUAGAUGCUGGACACUGCCCUCAUGAUGAGCUGCCAAGUGAAGUGAACUCGAUCAUCACUGAAUGGGUGGCGGCGCUUGAACAUCAAGUGUCUCCUGUUACCUCAAAACAGUUGAAUUAAAAUAUCGUUUACAUACACGGGAAAUUGUUUUGAAAAAAAUUAAUUAAAUGAAGUAAAACUGACAUUGUUUUGAGAAA